AGGAUUUUUUUGUCAUUGGCAACCUUAGUAGGUUGAACCUUCGCACUAAACUAAGCAAUAAUUGGAGAUGAUAAUUAUACAUAGAAAGAAAAAGGAAUAAGUUAAAUAUCAUAACAGAUGUAAAAGAGAAAUUUGAAAAUUUGGGAACUUUUGCUGUAAUGUACAUUAUUAUGUUUAAAUGACCGUGAAACGACAUUUGGACAGCUUUAUCGGUGAAAAGAUAAAUUAAGAUAACAUAUUGAACAAACUUUCUACAAAAUGGCUGAUAGUGGAAAUGUAGAUACAGAUAUUCUUUCAGAUGAAAUAUUUGAUGUAUUAUGUUCAAUGUGUAAAAAUCAAGGCAAAAACGCCGAAGGUGUAAAAUACUGUGUAGACUGUAAAGAUUAUUUCUGUGUCAAUUGUGUCAAAGUUCACAGUCAGGUACCUGUUUUAGUUGGUCACAAGGUGCUAGAUAAAUCUCAAGUUAAGUCAGGAACCAGCAAAGGUCUGCCGAGGGCACCAACAGAGAGAUGUGACAGACACAGUCAUAAACACAUUGAUAUGUACUGUCAGAACCAUGAUAAUGUUGGAUGUUCUACAUGUAUGGCAGUUGAUCACAGAUUAUGCAAGGAUACAUUCUACAUACCAGAAUUUAUCCAAAAUAAUACUUACCAAGUUAUAUCCAGGGGACUACAAACAAAACUCAAUGAAAUAGCCAAGACCCUUGCUAAACAAGCUGAUAUAUUUAAGCAGGAUAAACAAAGGCUGUUAAAGAGGAAAGCAGAGUUACUGGCUGAUAUCAGAAAAUUCCGCCAAGAAAUCAAUGACAAACUUGACAAGCUGGAGAAAAGUUCCAUAGAAGAGAUGGAAAGUAAAGUCAAAAGUCUUGAAGACAAGAUUGAAGAUGGUCACAAACAACUACAAGCAUACAAGUCCAGGGUUACAUCAGCUAAUGAUAAAUUAGCAUCUAAAAACACAAAUCAAGCUGAAGUGUUUGUUUAUGUUAAGAUGGCAGAGGAUGCUGCAAAUGUUGCCAACAAUUAUAUGAAGCAUGCCAAAAUGAAAAGUACAGUGGAAGACAUAGAAUUUCUACCAGAUAGUACAAUACUUACACAGUUAGACCAAAUGAAAACCCUGUGCACAUUAACAGAAAAACAUACAAAAAAAUCUGUCAAUUUAUUUCACAGUAAAGGAAAUAAAUCAUAUAAUGUAAAAGUUGAGUCUGAUAAUCGCAUUUGUAAUAUCACUAGUGUCUGCUGUAUGGAAGAUGGUACAAUAAUUCUAGGUGAUGGCAACAACAGGAAGCUUAUACGGUUACACAGUUACAACUAUACUGUCACUGACUUCUGUGAUCUACCUGGAUUUACACAUCAAGUAUGUAUGAUUAAUAACACACAAGUAGCAAUAACCGUUCCAUCAAAUAAGGAAGUUCAUUUCAUUUCUCUUAGUGGUAAAAUGAAAACAACAAACAAGAUUAAAACUGAUUUUGAAUGUUAUUGUUUUGCAUAUGCAAACAAUAAUUUAUAUAUUUCAGACUUUGCCACAUUAUUAUAUAUGUAUACAUUGUCUGGUAGGAAACUUAAACAGUACAAUUAUGAAAAAUCAGAAGAUAAUCUAUUCUAUGACAUACACAGUAUAGCUGUCAGUCAGGAUGCUACAAGAAUUUAUGUUGCUGACUUUUAUAAAGGACUGAUAGUACUGGAUCACAAUGGUCAUGUUAUUACAUCAUUUAAUGGUGAACAAUUAAAGGGGGCUAGCUGUUGUUAUCUCACAGAAGCAGGCAGUGUGUUGGUAUCUGGACAAAACUCUAAUAAUGUUUUACAGUUUACAUGUGAUGGUGAGCUGAUAGGAGAGGUUAUAAAAGCUAAAAGUGGAAAACAAAACAUUACAUCAGUCUCUUGUAAUCAACGUAUGACUAAGAUGUGUAUAAGCAGACAGGGAAGUGACAAUAUUGAAGUGUAUGAUAUCUAAUCUGUUAAGUAAAUAUAUUUUCAAUUUAAACAGUUCAAAUAAAAAAAGGAACACUUUGAUUCAUAUGCAAAAUACAUAGUUCAAACAUAAAAGGAAAAACACAGUCAUUUAAAUAACUUUAUUGUGACUAGUAUAUACAUGUACAACAUGUAAUGAUUCUUGUUUAAUUCAUUGUUAAUAUACCUGUUAAGUGUUGUGAAAAAAAUUAUUUGAAUUAUCAUGUAUAUUAUAUUGUUGCACUAUGAUUUAAUACAAAAUUGAUAUAUUUUUGAAAUUGUGUGUUGUGAAAAUGACUUGUUGUUCAUGUGAAAUAAA